UCUGACGCGCAGCCAGCGUGCGGCGCGCCGGCACGCGAGCUUCGUGUUGCUAGUCGUCUGCUACGCCUGCACGUGGUUUGCCAUGUCCUCGCCAUCAUCGUCGUCGUCGUCCUCGUUUUCGUCGUCCAGCGGCGACGAUUCCCUGCAUGUGGGAGUCGCCGCCGUAUUAGACGUGGCCAAUCACUUUCAAUUUGACCCACUGGAGAGCAGCGACUCGGAUAUUGCGGCCGGCGACGGCGAGGACGAACCUCAACAAAACCUUCGCAUCGGCCACGUUCAAUGGUGCCAAUGUGGACACUGCAGGGCAAUGGAGACGCAGCGCGAGUCGGUGUGCUGCACAGAGCUUGACCGUGUGGACGCACUCCGGGGCAACGAGGCGUGCAUCACAAGCCACCCCACCUUUGUUCAGGCUUGCCUGAACGUGCAUGCCCUUGAAGUGGCGUAUUACGCCCUCAUGGAAGACCGCCCGGCGCUUGUAGAGGCCCCGGAAAUCCACAGGACUGAAACAGCAAUUAGCCACAACCAGCUCCAGUAG